AAAUGAAUUAGAAUAUAAAUAGAAAGCAGAAGCUGCAGGUGUCUCUAACACCUGUGUGCCACCGUGUCUGUCGCCAGGGGUCGCUGCUGCUGCUGCUGCCGCCAGGCUGCAGGCGGAAUGAAUGGGCCGUCAGGGCGGUUCUGCUGGACUUUGACGGGACGGUGACGCUGCAGCUGCAGGCGCGCGCCACAGAGGGGGGAACGGGGCAGCUGGCGGGCUGUGCUCUGCUCUUAGCAAUGGCGGUGUGGACUCGCAGGCUCGGUUCUCCGGGGGUCGUCGCGGCGGCGGCGGUGUUGCUGCUGCUGCUCGCCUGCGGACCGCCGUCCGCGCUUUGCUGCCCGAGCCGCUGCUUGUGCUUCCGGACCACCGUGAGGUGUAUGCAUCUGAACCUGGAGGCUGUGCCGGCCGUGUCUCCUCUGACCACCAUCCUAGACCUGAGAUUCAACAAGAUCAAGGAUUUACAGCCGGCCUCCUUCAGUCGACUCAAGAACCUCAACACGCUGCUCCUCAACAACAAUCAGAUCCGGAGAAUCUCCAGGGGGGCGUUUGAAGAUCUGGAAAACCUCAAAUAUCUCUAUUUGUACAAGAAUGAAAUCCAAUCAAUAGACAGACAAGCAUUUAAGGGGCUUGUCUCUCUAGAGCAACUGUAUCUGCACUUCAACAACAUCGAGUCCUUGGAGCCAGAGUCAUUCAGCCAUUUACCAAAGCUGGAACGACUGUUUUUGCACAACAACAGAAUAACACAGCUUGUUCCAGGAACAUUUUCUCAUCUAAGCGCCAUGAAGAGACUGCGGCUGGACUCCAACGCCUUAAACUGCAACUGCGAGGUGCUGUGGCUGGCCGACCUGCUAAAGCUGUACGCAGAGUCUGGCAACGCCCAGGCUGCAGCCACCUGCGACCAUCCCAGCCGGCUGCAGGGCCGCUCGGUAGCUACACUCACCGCUGAGGAGCUCAACUGUGAGCUGCCUAGAAUCACCUCAGAGCCCCAAGAUGUGGACGUUACGUUAGGAAACACCGUCUACUUCACCUGCAGAGCUGAAGGCAACCCAAAACCCCAGAUCAUCUGGCUCAGGAACAACAAUGCGUUGAACAUGCGGGAUGACAGUCGUCUGAACCUGCUGGAGGACGGCACGCUGAUGAUCCAAGACACCAGAGAGACGGAUCAGGGAGUCUACCAGUGCAUGGCCAAAAAUGUGGCUGGGGAGGUCAAGACGUCUCAGGUCACUCUGCGAUACUUUGGAGCCCCCACUCGUCCAAGUUUUGUAAUCCAGCCCCAGAACACAGAGGUUCUGGUCGGGGAGAGUGUGACCCUGGAGUGCAGUGCUACGGGUCAGCCCCAGCCCAGAGUGUCCUGGACAAAAGGAGACCGCACCCCACUGCCAAACGACCCCCGCAUCACAAUUACCACCUCUGGGGGACUUUAUAUCCAGAAUGUGCAGCAGGCUGAUGGAGGACAGUACACGUGCUUUGCUUCUAACAAUGUGGACACAAUACACGCAACGGCUUUCAUCAUCGUCCAAGCCACCCCACAGUUCACAGUCACGCCGCAAGACCAGACCGUCCUGGAAAGUCACACCGUCGAGUUCCCCUGCGAGGCGAGUGGCUACCCGCCGCCGGUGAUCGCCUGGACUCGAGGAGGAAGCGCGCUGCCUCUGGACCGCCGUCACGUCGUCCUGUCGUCCGGUAUGCUGCGCAUCACCCGGGUGGCGGCGCACGACGAGGGCCAGUAUGAAUGCCAGGCUGUCAGCCCUGUGGGGACUGUUCACGCUUCAGUGCAGCUCAGGGUCGAGCAGAGAGUAACGCCUGUUUUCACAAAUGCUCCAAGGGACCUGACCGUGGAGUCUGGCCAGGAUGUGCAGAUUCCCUGCAGAGCUCAGGGCCAGCCGCCGCCUGUCCUCACCUGGAUCAAGGAUGGAGUACAGGUGACAGAAAGUGGAAAGUUCCACAUCAGUCCUGAGGGCUUCCUGGAGGUGAGGGACGCGGGCACGGCAGAUGCUGGACGCUACGAGUGUACAGCCCGCAACCCUAUAGGCUACCAGGUUGCUGGCAUGGUCCUGACUGUCACUGUGCCUGCAGUCAGCAGAGAGGGCGACACCUUCGUGAGCACGUCCAUCGAGCAGGCCAUCCGUGACGUGGACAGCGCUAUAGAAUCCACGAGGAGGCGGCUAUUUGACGGCCAGCCUCGUACUCCAGGAGAGCUGCUGGCUCUUUUCCGAUAUCCACGUGAUCCAUACACUGUGGAGCAGGCCCGGGCCGGGGAGAUAUUUGAACAAACGCUUCUGCUCAUCCAGAACCAUGUCAACCGCGGUCUCAUGGUGGACACCAACGGCACCGCAUUUCGCUACAAUGACCUGGUGUCGCCCCGCUUUCUGGACAUGAUCGCCAACUUGUCUGGAUGCACAGCACAUCGCCGCAUAAACAACUGCUCGGACAUUUGCUUCCACCAGAAGUACCGCAGCCACGACGGCACCUGCAACAACCUUCAGCACCCCAUGUGGGGAGCUUCUCUCACUGCGUUUGAGCGCCUCCUAAAAUCUGUCUAUGAUAACGGGUUUAACCUGCCGAGAGGCGCCACCGACCGGCUGCAGAAUGGCUACAGGUUGCCUUUGCCAAGGCUGGUAUCAACCACAAUGAUUGGAACGGAGACCAUUACUCCUGAUGACCGCUACACUCACAUGCUGAUGCAGUGGGGUCAGUUCCUGGACCAUGACUUGGACUCAACAGUGGUGGCCCUGAGUCAGUCCCGUUUUUCGGACGGCCAGCUCUGUGCUCAGGUCUGCACGAACGACCCCCCAUGCUUUCCAAUCCAGUUUCCGCCCAAUGACCAGCGCCAGCUGCGAACUGGUGCCCGCUGCAUGUUCUUUGUGCGAUCCAGUCCAGUGUGUGGCAGCGGCAUGACUUCUCUUCUAAUGAACAGUGUUUAUCCAAGAGAGCAAAUAAACCAAAUCACGUCUUAUAUCGAUGCCUCAAACGUCUAUGGUAGCUCACGGCACGAGUCCGAGGAAAUCCGUGACUUGGCUAGCCAAAGGGGACUGCUCCGUCAAGGCAUCAUUCAGCGAACAGGGAAACCCCUUUUACCAUUUUCCCCAGGUCCCCCAACUGAGUGCAUGAGGGAUGAAAAUGAAAGUCCCAUCCCAUGUUUUCUGGCAGGCGACCAUCGAGCCAAUGAGCAACUAGCUUUGACUGCAAUGCACACGGUGUGGUUCAGAGAACACAACCGCAUAGCCACCGAGCUGCUGAGGUUAAAUCCUCACUGGGAUGGAGACACAAUAUAUCACGAGGCCAGGAAGAUAGUGGGAGCCCAAAUGCAGCACAUCACCUACAGCCACUGGCUGCCAAAGAUUCUGGGUGAGGUCGGUAUGAAGAUGUUGGGACCAUACAAGAGUUAUGACCCCAAUGUUAAUGCUGGCAUUUUCAAUGCGUUUGCUACAGCUGCUUUCCGCUUUGGACACACCCUCAUCAACCCCAUUCUCUACCGCUUAAAUGAGCACUUCCAACCAAUCCCCCAGGGGCACAUUUCUCUGCACAAGGCCUUUUUCUCCCCCUUCCGUAUUGUAAACGAGGGAGGCAUCGACCCUCUUCUGCGUGGCCUCUUUGGGGUUCCCGGCAAAAUGCGGGUUUCCACUCAGCUUCUGAACACAGAGCUGACAGAACGGCUGUUUUCAAUGGCCCACGCUGUGGCCCUGGACCUGGCUGCCAUGAAUGUUCAGCGAGGGCGGGAUCAUGGAAUUCCUCCGUACAACGACUACAGGACGUUCUGUAACCUAAGCUCCGCCCAGACGUUUGAUGAUUUGAAGAACGAGAUCAAGAAUCCCAUUAUCAGAGAAAAGCUACAGAGGCUUUAUGGCACUCCACAAAACAUCGACCUGUUCCCAGCCCUGAUGGCAGAAGACAUCAUUCCUGGUAGCAGGUUGGGUCCCACCCUGAUGUGUUUGCUUACAACACAAUUCAAGCUCGUCCGGAACGGUGACCGGUUUUGGUACGAAAACCCAGGUGUGUUUACUCCAUCCCAGCUGACCCAGCUAAAGCAGGCCUCUCUGGCUCGGGUUCUGUGCGACAAUGGAGACAACAUCACUCGCGUCCAAUCAGAUGUGUUUAUGGUGGCUGAACUGCCUCAUGGAUUUGGCAGCUGUGACGACAUCCCUCACAUUGACCUGCGCAUGUGGCAGGACUGCUGUGAAGACUGCAGAACCAAGGGUCAGUUCAACGCACUGUCCUACCACUUCAGGGGGCGCAGAUCAGCCGAGCACAGCUACAGGGAAGAGAGCCCCGCCCACCGCAUCCAGGAGAAACGUUUAGUGGAAGAAGCUGGAAAAAGUCUGCAAAAUGUUAGCGUGACCUCCAUAAAAACCACCGAACCUUCAGUUGGUGACUUCCAGGACUUUGUCACAGACAUGCAGAAGACUAUCAGCAGCUUACGAAAGCAGAUUAAAAGACUUGAAUCCCGUCUGAGCAGGACUGACUGCACCGACCGAGACGGCCGCGAGCGCAAAGAUGGGGAACGCUGGAAGGACGACUCCUGCUCCACGUGUCAGUGCAGAGACGCCCAGGUGACCUGCUUUGUGGAGUCCUGUCCACCAGUCGCCUGCCGGAAGCCCAUCAAAGCAAAAGGGGCCUGCUGUCCCGUUUGCCCCCAGGAGGCAACUCCGGACGAGGCAAAAGCAAAGGUCCAGCUACAAUAACCCCAAACGGACAGACACCCCUUCCCACCAGCAAACUCUGGGAGACCUUCAUCAGACACUUCUUUGGGGGGACCCAAGACAAGAGUCCUCUGAUUUUCCUCCACAACGUUAAGGAUUGUGAGGACAGGUUGUGUUUUUGAAGUUUGCUGCACUCAGAAGAGAAAACAUGGUCGUUCAAAUCCCGUCAGAACGCAGGGAAGGGAAGUCGCACAUUCUCAGGUUAGAGAUGCCAAAAACUGGUGCUAUAUACUCAUUUGUUAUGAUAUAAAGACGUACCUUCAAAGUAUUAUCUUUUUCAUGUAAGGUAACAAAUCCAUAUUUAGUAAAUGUCUGCUGUUGCGUCACAUCUGAAAGAUUUGCUCCUUCUGAGGCUUUUUACAGGUAGACUGAAUUCAUCUUUGCAUCCAUGGUGCUUUAGAUCACGUUCAAGUACUUUUGACCCUUUUUAGAAAAUGCUUAUGUAUGAAGAAAAUGUGAAAAAUGUUUGCAAUACCAAAGCAACACGCCUACUGAUUACUGCUGGUGUUGAUGGAGAACUCCUGAUGACGGAGGGAGGCGGGGCUUUACAGCGCUCUCUUCUUCUUUUCCCUCCCUGAAAGCCGUGAAAGAAACGUCCGUCAUCCCAGUUUUAUAGUCGGCCUCCAACACCAAAACUCUGGUUGCCCAGCUUUGUCAAAACUAGCAGACGUAGAAGACAUGUUGUCACGGUUUGGAUGCUCACGUGACCCCAGCGGCGGUCCGGGUCUCCUCUGGGGGCGGUUGGGGUUUGUGGACCUGCUCUUUCUCUGCGUUCUGAGUCCAGCUCCGCUGCCACAGUGAACCUGACGUCAUUGAGCAGAGCGUGUGUUGGAGAACAGGCUCCUCCGGCCCUCUGACCCUCAUUCCACUGUAAUGGAAGCCAUAUGAGAGGGGGGGAGCCAGGGUGAUGUUUGGGGAGGAGGCUCUGAUGACUGCAAUAGGAGAAGAAUGUAGUCUCCUGCAUACUGCUUAUGUACUGUAUAUAGACAAAUACCACUCAUACUUCAUGCACUGGCCCGCUUUGUGUUUGUCUUCCUUUUUGGCCCCCGGUUGUGCCGGGGGUGUCAGAGUUCCUCUGCAUUGUCCUCUUCAUGUCCUGAGGGAGCAUCCAACCCAAAUCAACAGGAUCUGUGGAGUCACAGUGCUGUUGGGUCCAGCUUUCCUGCAUCCUUCACCUUUCUGGAUCUUCUCUCCUGGUUAGUCAGGACAAAUGUUCCAGUUCUUGGGUUUCUCGGUAGGAAACAGGCCAGAAGGUUUUUCUGCUAAACCGAUCCAGUCAGUCUGUGCCGCUUUUGGAUUCAUCUGCUGUUUGUUUUCAGUUUCCUCAGCCAUCCCUGUUUUCAUUUCCUUUUGGUAGAAUUUCCAAGGGCCAGUAAAAGGCUCCACCCCCAGCGUGAUCGGUGUUGGAAAUACCCAUCAUGACUGUUGUGUUGUAGUUUUGCCAAAGAUUGGUUUGCACUGUGUUGUAUGCCUCCCAACAAUAAAGAGCCACGCUUGACUUGGCCUUGUGCGUGUUGGUGCCUGCUUGAUACAGAACAGAUGAGAUAGCGUCUGCAACGGUCCUUUAGCUUCGUCUCACCUCAGCAGGUUUUAUCACAAAACUUCCUUCAGCAAACAUCCGUUGGGUCUGAAGUCUAGAGAUUUCUGUGACUUCAAAGGUUCACUUGUGACCAAGUAGGAUUUGACGUUCACCUUUCAGCACAUCCCUUCAGGGGUCGCCGCAGCCAACCAGCUUCCACUGAUCCUCACAGGUGGUUUUUACGCCGGAUAUCCUUCCUGACUCGCCCCUGUAUUUUAUCCGGGCUGGGGACCGGCACAGGAAGACCCAGACUACCCCCCGUGCUACAUGCCAGGCAGUAGUGGGAAGGGUCUUGCCCAUGGACCCACACUGGAUGAAGCUAAUUUUGCCCCCUGGGAAUCAAACCCUGGUUUUCCGUUUGCAGCCAAUGUAGCCAUUCAGCUUUUGGGACUCCAACAGUUUGUGUUAAAGCUCAUUUUGACCAACAGUGUCAAUCUUUUCACAAUAAAGGUAAUGUUUUAAUGUUG